AAAAAAAAGAAAAGAAAAAAUAUUGUCAUUUUGGUACCUCGUAUUGUCAUUUUCGUCCCUCGCCAUAUCAUCAGACCACUUGUCCAACUAAUGUCUAGUCAAUGUGCCACGUGUCCCCAAAAAAUGCCACAUCAGCUUUUUUGUAAAGUUAACAGUCAUUUUUAACGUCAGGGACUAAAGUGACUAACGGAUUGUAGAGUCGGGGACUAUUUUGUAUUUUUUCUUCAGUCGGGAACCAGAAUGACAACGAGUUGCACAUUCAGGGACUAAAAUGACUGUUUCCCCAAUAAAAAUUGAUAAAGAUGUGUACUCAGGUAAUUGAAAAUGUCAAUAUACUAUUUUGAUUGAAACUUUGAAAGUGGAUGAAAACAUAAAUAAACAGUGGAGUUUUGGAGGGAAAUUGUUUCACAGUCUCAUAAUUGCAUUGUGCGUCGUUCUUCAGAGAAAGUGAAGAACAUGCAUUUGCAUUUCCGAUUACGACCCACUUCCAUUUCGAUUCCCAAGAAUCACUUCAUUCACUCCCAAUCCAAUUCACACCCUUCCUCUCUUCUUCCACAAUGCUUUUCCAUCCUCCGUCACGCCAUCGCCGAUUCCGAUUUACUCCUCGGAAAACGCACUCAUGCCCUCAUUUUAACUUCCGGCCACAACCCCGACCGUUAUCUAACCAACAAUCUCAUCACAAUGUAUGCUAAAUGCGGUUCUCUUUUCUCUGCACGUAAACUGUUCGACAUAACGCCUCAAACAGAAAGAGACCUGGUUACUUACAAUGCAAUUCUUGCUGCAUAUGCUCAUACCGGAGAACUUCAUGAAGGCGACAAAACCCAUCAAGCCUUUCACCUCUUUCGUCUUCUUCGUCAAUCCAUCGUGCUCACCACUCGUCAUACAUUGUCUCCUCUGUUUAAGUUGUGCCUCCUAUCCGUUUCUCCCUCUGCUUCCGAGACCCUUCACGGUUAUGCUGUUAAGAUUGGGUUGCAAUGGGAUGUGUUUGUGGCUGGUGCUUUGGUUAAUAUAUAUGCUAAGUUUAGGCAAAUUAGAGAUGCGCGUGUUUUGUUUGAUAGAAUGCCUGUGAGGGAUGUAGUGCUAUGGAAUGUGAUGAUGCAGGCUUAUGUUGAAAUGGGUAUUGGCGAUGAAGCCUUGGUUCUUUUUUCUGCAUUUCACCGAAGCGGGUUGCGUCCUGAUUCCAUUAGUGUUCGUACUAUUCUCAUGGGGUUUGGUAAAAAAACUGUUUUUGAAAGGGAGUUGGAACAGGUUCGAGCUUAUGCCACCAAGUUGUUUGCGUGUGAUGAUGAUUCGGAUGUUAUUGUUUGGAACAAGACUUUGUCUUCGUAUCUCCAAGCGGGCAAAGCUUGGGAAGCUAUUGAUUGCUUUAGAGAUAUGAUCAAAUCGCGUGUACCAUGUGAUAGCUUGACUUUUAUUGUGGCCCUCUCUGUGAUUUCCAGUUUGAACCAUCUUGAACUGGGAAAACAGAUUCAUGGUGCUGCGGUGAGGCUCGGAUGGGAUCAAUUCGUCUCUGUUGGGAAUAGUGUUAUUAAUAUGUAUGUUAAGGCUGGUUCUGUUUAUUAUGCAAGAAGGAUGUUUGGUCAGAUGAAAGAAGUAGAUUUAAUAUCAUGGAACACUGUGAUAUCCGGUUGUGCUCAGAGUGGUUUAGAGGAGUGUUCCUUGAGAUUGUUCAUUGAUUUAUUACGGAGUGGCCUGCUGCCGGAUCAAUACACCUAUGCAAGUGUUUUGAGGGCUUGCUCCUCUCUUGAAAAAAGCUACUAUCUUGGUAGGCAGGUUCAUACAUGUGCUUUAAAAUCUGGGAUCGUCUUAGAUUCAUUUGUUUCAACGGCUCUAAUUGAUGUCUAUUCUAGGAGUGGAAAGAUGGAGGAGGCGAAGCUUCUUUUUCAUAACCAAGAUGGAUUUGACUUGGCAUCUUGGAAUGCUAUGAUGCAUGGGCACAUGGUGAGUGAUAACUACUGUGAAGCGUUGAGGCUAUUUGGUCUAAUGCACGAAAGUGGAGAGAAAGCUGAUCAGAUUACUCUCGCAAAUGCGGCCAAAGCUGCUGGGUGCCUGGUGAGGCUUCAACAAGGGAAGCAGAUUCAUGCUGUUGUUUUAAAAGAGAGGUUUGAUUUAGAUUUGUUUGUCAUUAGUGGUAUUCUGGACAUGUAUCUCAAAUGUGGAGAGAUGGAAAGUGCACAUAAAGUUUUCAACGGGAUCCCUUCGCCGGAUGAUGUUGCUUGGACCACUAUGAUUUCGGGAUGUGUGGAAAAUGGGGAGGAAGAGCAUGCCCUUUUAAAAUAUCAUCAGAUGAGACUUGCAGGGGUGCAACCGGACGAAUAUACCUUUGCCACCCUUGUCAAGGCUUGCUCUCUUUUAACAACACUAGAACAAGGUAGACAGAUUCAUGCAAAUGUUAUGAAGUUGAAUUGUGCUUUUGAUCCUUUUGUAAUGACCUCACUUGUUGACAUGUAUGCCAAGUGUGGGAAUAUAGAAGAUGCAUAUGGUUUAUUUAGAAGAAUGAACACUAGGAAUAUUGUCUUGUGGAAUGCCAUGAUAGUAGGAUUGGCUCAACAUGGAAAUGCCGAGGAAGCUCUCAACUUCUUCAAUGAAAUGAAAUCUAGGGGUGUAACACCAGAUAGAGUCACUUUUAUUGGGGUCCUUUCUGCCUGCAGUCAUUCUGGUUUGAUAUCUGAUGCCUAUGAAAAUUUUGAUUCUAUGCAGAAAAACUACGGAAUUGAACCUGAAAUUGAGCAUUAUUCAUGUCUUGUGGAUGCACUUAGCCGUGCGGGGCGCAUACAAGAAGCCGAAAAGGUGGUAUCAUCAAUGCCUUUUGAAGCUUCUGCCACAAUGUAUAGAACACUGCUAAAUGCUUGCAGGGUUCAAGGAGAUAAAGAGACCGGAAAACGCCUAGCAGAAAAGCUUUUUACCUUGGAACCAUCUGAUUCAGCGGCUUAUGUUCUUUUAUCCAAUAUUUAUGCGGCUGCUAACCAAUGGGAAAAUGCAGUAAGUGCUAGAAAUAUGAUGAGAAGAGUUAAUGUGAAGAAGGAACCAGGGUUUAGUUGGGUAGAUAUGAAAAACAAGGUGCAUUUAUUUGUUGCCGGAGAUAGAUCACAUGAAGAAACUGAUUUGAUAUAUAAUAAGGUGGAGUGUGUUAUGAAGAGGAUAAGAGAAGAAGGUUAUGUCCCUGAUACAGAGUUUACACUUGUGGAUAUAGAAGAAGAAGAUAAAGAGAGUGCUUUAUAUCAUCACAGUGAGAAGCUAGCAAUAGCUUAUGGGCUCAUGAAAACUCCACCAUCCACUACAUUAAGGGUAAUUAAAAACCUUAGAGUAUGUGGAGAUUGCCAUAAUGCAAUCAAGUAUAUAUCGAAGGUUUUUCAGCGAGAGAUUGUUUUGAGAGAUGCAAAUCGAUUCCAUCAUUUCAGGAAUGGGAUAUGCUCUUGUGGUGAUUACUGGUGAAUUUUGUUCACUUAAUAAUAUCCCAUUUUUUAAGUUGGCUUGUCCAAGAGGCAAGAUCUAUCAGUAAAAAAUUCACGCAUUCAUGUAAUCAACAUACGACGACCGUUGGGUCGAGAUCGGACAGUGUAAUGAGAGAAGUGCUUGGGAUGCACCCAUUUUUCAGCGGUGUACCGGGAAACUUAUGCACAACUUUUGCAAACAUGAAAUUCAAACAGUCAAAUUAAGACUUGGAUAGUAAGAUCACGUGACUAUCUUGACUGAAGGAAUUUGGGUUCGUAUAAUUUAUAAGAUUGAGAAUGAAUUUUGGCAUCAUCA